AUGCUUCAACAAGUCGUUUCAUACGUUGCUGGAACAUCUGUACUUCGCCAGUAUGAACUUGGCGAACAAAUUGCAAGUGCCGGUCUAUGGAAAAUAUAUUCAGAAAAUCCAUUAAGAAAAGUUACUGAUAAAAGAGAAUCAGAUCGAGCUAGCCAACUUUCUAGAUUAAGGCAUCCAUCAAUUCUUGAAGUAGUAGAAGCAGUUGAAGAGUCAAGGACUGUUAUUACAUUUGCAACAGAACCAAUUAUAGCGUCACUUUCAAAUUUACUUGGUAAUUACGACAACUUGUCACCUAUUCCCGAUGAUAUCAGAAAAUUUGAAAUGGAUGAAUUAGAGAUACAGAAAGGAUUAUUACAAAUUGGAAAAGGUUUACAGUUUUGUCAUAAUGACGCCAAAAUUGUACACUCAAAUCUUGUCCCGGAAGCAAUAUUUGUUAACGUAAAGGGUGAUUGGAAAAUCGGAGGAUUUGGAUUUAGUGUUUAUUUAAAUAACAUUGAAAAUUCUUCAGUUUACGAUUAUCCUGAUUUUGAUUCACGUAUACCGGCUUAUGCACAAAAAAAUUAUGAUUUUAUGGCACCGGAGUAUGCAUUGGAUGAAAAUGUUGAUUUUGCAAAUGACAUGUUUGCUCUUGGAUGCUUAAUAUACACAGUACACAAUCAUGGAAAAGGACCAUUACAACAUCAUAAUAGCAUGAAUACAUUUCGAAAAAAUGCCGAACAAAUAUCAUCUCUUAAUUACAAUCAACUUCCCCCUCAUUUACACGAGGUUAUGUUUCAUCUUAUAACACGUUAUCCUUCUCAAAGAAUGAACGCAACAGAAUUUCAAUCAAGCAAAUAUUUUGAUAACAUUUUAGUUUCUACUGUAAAAUUUUUUGAAAGCUUCCCAGAAAAAAGUAAUGAUGACAAAGCAAAUUUCAUGAAGGGACUAAUACGUAUUUUACCACAAUUUCCAGAAAGAGUAUUGUUAAGAAAGAUUUUGCCAUGUCUUAUUCAAGAACUUAAAGAUCAGAAUCUUCUUCCAUUUAUUUUGCCAAAUAUAUUUUUUAUUUCACAAAAAAUUCAACUUGAUGAUUUUUAUGAAAAAAUUUUGAAGCCACUUAAGCCAGUUUUUGCUAUAUCUGAACCUAUGCAAAGCAUGAUUAUUUGUUUAGAUAAAAUAGAUUUAUUUAAAUCAAAAACGUCGACGUCUAUUUUUAAAGAGGAUGUCAUGCCAUUAAUUUAUUUUGCGUUAGAGGCAAAAUCUCCAGCAAUACAAGAAAAAGCAUUAAAUUUAAAUUCUGAUGGUGGUUUAUUAAUAUUGUUAUUAUUUAAACUAGGUGUGGUUGAGUUAUAUAAAUUAUUUAAGGAUCCAAAUGAAUUUAGAGUUGUUGAAUUAUUUCCUAAAUUAUAA